CCCCCCCCCCCACUCACACACACACACCUCUCAUCUUUCCAAAUGAGCUGCCAGCCCUGCAUCGCCCAAGGAAGGCAAGGAGGCAACACACCGAGGGGGAAGGAAUGGGCCGUGUCAUGGCUCCAGCAUUCCGGAGGAUAACCCAGACGGCCGCGGAUUGCUGCCGGCAGCCGUGCCCAGCCGCCCCCCAGGACUUCUCCCGGCCGAGGGAAUUGCUUGCCUGCAAUUAGCUGCAAAAUAAUACACCCCGCCAAAAAAAAAAAAAAAAAAAAACCACCCCAAAAACCCCCAAUUUGAUUUCUGCAGACACCCACCCUUUGGCUUCCCGAGAUCUGGGUGGGAUUGCUGGAUGGAAGAUCCUCCCUCCCCUGCAGCCAGCCGGGCCCCCCAGCUCGGCCAAGAUUUGGGGGUCCAGCGUAGGAGACGCUUUGCCGCCGUGGGGAGGAGGCAGUGCACCUGGAGGCAUUGCAAGUGACAGGCUGAGCCAGCGAGGAAAUGGUUCCUGACUGUGGCUGAACCUGCAGCUGCCGGAAUAUGCAGCCCGGGGGCCUUCUUGGUAGCGUCGCAAAGGCCGCGGACUGUGCCAAGGAGCCGAUCGCCUCGUUGCGCAGGGGGGCCGCGGCCGGGAGGCAUGGUGACAACGUUCAAGAUUGCCGUGCUGGGUGCUCAGGGAGUCGGCAAGAGUGCCAUUGUCCGCCAGUUCCUCUACAACGAGUUCAGCGAGGUCUGCGUGCCCACCACGGCCCGCCGGAUCUACCUGCCCGCCGUGGUCAUGAACGGCCACGUCCACGACCUUCAGAUCAUGGACUUCCCGCCCAUCACCUCUUUCCCAGUCAACACCCUGCAGGAGUGGGCGGACGUGUGUUGUCGUGGCCUCCGGAGUGUUCACGCCUACAUCUUGGUCUAUGACAUCUGUUGUUUCGACAGCUUUGAGUACGUCAAGACGAUCCGGCAGCAGAUCCUGGAGACCAGGGUCAUCGGCACCUCCGACACGCCCAUCAUCAUCGUGGGGAACAAGCGGGACCUCCAGAAGGGCCGAGUCAUCCCCCGCUGGAACGUCUCCAACCUGGUGAAGAAGACCUGGAAGUGUGGCUACAUCGAGUGCUCGGCCAAGUACAACUGGCACAUCCUCCUGCUCUUCAGCGAACUCCUCAAGAGCGUGGGCUGCGCCCGCUGCAAGCACGUCCACACCGCAAUCCGCUUCCAGGGGGCCUUGCGCAGGAACCGAUGCACCAUUAUGUGAGACACCCCCUUCCGGCAGCGGCUCUGGGGACUCCCUUGGCCACUGCUCCCGACGUGUCCUGGAACCUUCUUUCGAUGCAGAGGGGGCGGGCGGGAGACCGAGCUGGCCAGCAACUUUCUUUUCCAAUAUGGCUGCCUGCAGUCCCGUGGAGAUUCUCUCUUUGUUUGGGUUUCUCCCACCCCCCAGCCCACCCCACCCAAGGUUUGGUCUUUAAGGGUUCCUGGCUACAUCCCUGGAACUGUAGACUCUAGUUGUUUUCCGACACACAUUUGGGAACUGGACGCCAUGCUGGUUUGGCUGGUGGAGGAAAGGCUUCUGGGAGUUGUCUGGGAUGGGAGCUGCCGCACCCGUGGCGGGGUUGUGCAUUUGCCGAUCGUGGAAUUGCGAAGGGGUGGGGCGCAGUCAAGGGUGGGGAAGGGAUGUCUCAACAUUUAGGAGGAAAAUCCUGCCUGAUGGGACUCUCUCUGUGGUUCACGGCGGCUUGCUUCCUGGUUCAGUGUCAUCUGAAGAGAGGGUGAGGAUAAGGAAGUGGGUGGAUUUUUCAAGGGUGGGGAUCCUCGGAGAUGUGGAGAUGACCUUGGGAGAGGUUGGAUGUUGCUGUGUGGGACCAGUACGAUCUGAAUCAGGGCUGCAAAACCUCAACCCUCUACUGUUGUUGGACUACGGCUCCCAUACUCCCUGACUAUUGGCCACUGUGGCUGGGGAUGGUGGGAGUUGUAGUCCAGCUGGAGGACCAGAGUUGUGCAGGUUACGUGUGCACAGAGGUCUGGAUGGCACCCGUGCGUCCAUUUCCUGUACUUUCCAAUACGCAGGGACAGAGACCCCAACCCCGUUCACACAGGAUGUGCAACAAAUCCAGGUUGGCCAGAGGGCAUUCCGAAGAUUGUGCGGGGGGGGGGGCACUCCUGACUAGGCCCUGUCCCUGUUCCAAGAAUGGAGCCAGGAAGCAGGGCCAGUCCUGGCCCCUUCAGGAUGUGUGUACGAGGCGUUUAGGUAGCAUACCCCGAUGAUUCUUUCAAGUUCAUGCAAAAUAUCUAUGCCGUGUUGCUCAGAAUUGUCCUCUGUAAAGCGACCUUGGUGCUUGGGAAUCCAAGGAAUCUAAGCUGGCUAUAUAGAUGGUCAGUCCACGUUCUUCGGUGGUGGUCUCUCUCUUUUGAAAAUCUCUCCCCGUAUUCCUUAUUCGUGUAUAGCAGAGCUAAGCAAUUUUGGCUGUCCAGCUGUUGUUGAACUACAACUCCUGGGAGUUGUAGUUCAAUGGAUAUUUAGAUCCCGUUUUCCAGCCAAAGUUCUCAAAGCUGUUUACGUUGAUAUAAAUAAAUGAAAUGGCUGCCUGUCCCCAAAGGGCUCACAAUCUUAAAAAAAAGAAAGGAAAGAAACCUAAGAGAGACACUGGCCUCAGCCACUGGAAGGCUGCUGUGCUGGGGCCGGAUAGGGCCAGUUGCUCUCCCCCUGCUCAGUGAAGAGAAUCACCACUUUGAAAAGGGGCCCCUCUGCUCAGUCAGCAGGGCUGGACCACCAAAGUUUGUUUGUUUGUUUAUUCAGUUUCUAUACCGCCCUUUCAAAAUGGCUCAGGGCAGUUUACAAUUAAAACAAAACAAUCAAAAUCAAUUAACAGUUAAAACAGAGAUUAUAAGACACCCAUAAAACAACAACUACGACUCCUACGACUCCCUAGCUGCAACAGCCAUUGGCUGGGGAUGAAGGGGGCGGGUGUAGUUAACAACUUCUGGGAACUCCUUUCCCAGGGUCAUUGAUCCAAAGAUCCAGGCAGGGGUCUUUCCCACCCCUACCUGGAGAGGCUGCCCGGAAUCAGACCUCAGACCUUCUGCCUACAAGGCGGAUGCUCUGCCAGUCCUUCCCUAGUGAUGGUCACAGGAAGCUGCCUUACACUGAGUCAGACCCUUGGUCCAUCUAGCUCAGGCUUGUCAGCUCUGACUGGCAGCAUCUCUCCAAAGUUUCAGGCAGGAGUCUUUCCCAGCCCUACCUGGGGAGGCUGCCAGGGAUUGAAUCCAGGAGCUUCUGCGUGCAAAGCAGAUGCUCUUCCACUGAGUUACGGGCCAUCUGGUAUUUCAUCCCACCCAUCUGGCAUUUCGUCAGAAGGGGAGAUAGGAAAGUGGGCACACGAAAUUCCUCUCUCCAAAUUCUGCAUUUCCACGUCAGAGAAGUCAGACCCCAGAGCGUGAACGAAGCUUUCUUUUCUGCCGUCAAUACAACCUGGUUCUCAUUCCUCAUUCCAAGCCAAGUCCACACCUCUGUGCUGUACCUGUCCUUUGGAGGAGAUGGAUGGAUGGGAAAUGUGGCUCAGAACUGGCUAUUCGCAUUUCAGGGGGGUGGGGGUGGGGCUGAUGUCUUGGUAGAAGAUUCAGAAGUUGGGGAGUUCUUCCUGUUCCCAAAGAACCUGCUAACCGGGAAAGAGUUUUGCUUUUCUAGAUUUUUUGCUGUUUCCUCCUGGAUUUCUCGGGGGAGGCAUUCUAAGGCUGCUAUCAAACCACUUGAAAAAAUGCACGAGGUGUUAUGGAAUGAAGAGUCAAUUAAAAGGAAAUAUCAGGUCUGUUUCCCCCUUGUUCUGUAA